AUGUAUAAUAGGGAAUAUUCCAUAACUGGGGGUAUAGCCCAUUUACUAAGUGGGGCACGCAACCCCGGCACCGUGGUCGCAUUUCCGUACCAGCGGCUACCCCAGGUGGCCUUGUCCUUUGUAGCCGUGAACACAGUGACGGUUCUGGUGGUGGCUUCGCACCUGUGGUGGGCGAGAAGUAGUGGAUACCAAAAGUAUGCUGACAUUGUGAGCCUCAUGAAGGAACGCAGAGAUUUGUCUACACGCAGAGCCCAACUGAUGGCUGAGAAGGCCAGCUUCAAGCUCUUCAAUAUCAUUUGCAAGAUCUACCUGCAGUUCAGCCUUUUGCUCAAUACCUUCUCUGCACUGGUCAUGACCAAUAGCUGCGGAGCUGGUGAAGAGCUUCACCUUUUGCUCACGCAACUGGGACUGGCGAUCGCUCUCUACGCCGCUGGCGUGGCUGUGGCCAUGGAUCUUGUUCCCCUCACGCCCAAGAACUGUGAUCAAAUCGCCCUUUGGGCACACUGUUUGCUGUUGAUUUCCCUCUGGUGUCCCAGCUCGGACGUGGAUUUCUUGAUGAUGGGCGGGGGACGAAGUUUGUUGCGAGCGUUGACCAGCCUUCUCUUCGUUGGGAGUCUGCGGAAAGCGCUCGCUGCUAAUCUGGUCCUCAGCCUGGGCUCCAUUUGGAGCUUGACCAAGGCAGCUCAGGCGCUUCAAGGUGGGACCUGGUCCUGUCACGUCCUUUCCGCAGCGUUCUCCGAGAUCAGCUGUGCGGUGCAGCUGAUGUUCUUGGUGCUGGUGGUACGAAGGUUGGUGGAUGAGUGGUUGGAGCUGAAGUUGGAGAAUCUGGAUAUCAGUGGGAAGUCCCACGCGCGGAGAAAUUUGCUCUCCGUGCUGGUAGAUGCCGACAUUACACUCGACUCCAACCUUCGCAUUUGUGCACCCAGCAACAAGGCGCAGCACCUGUUGGCACCAGAUCUCCAGACUUCCCUGGAAGGACUCAAGUUUCAUCAUCUGGUUGCCGAAGCAGAUCGUUCGAAGUUAAGGGAAUUCUUGAAUCGUGCGGGCUACGCCGCCGCCAGCAGCGAGACGGCAGACUUGCGGAGCGAGAGCUCCACCUCGAUGCAGGGAGGAGGAAACCCCGCCUCCUCAAUGUCGAUUCAGAUGGGUGAGACUGGCAGGCUGCUACAGAUUUUUCAUGCCAGCAUACCGGUGGCAGAGGGUGAAGAGAUGAAGAAACAACCUCGACAUCUGGUUGGCAUCCAGGAGCAAUUCAGCGCUCAAGAGUUCAGUGAAACGACGGAAUCCAACAAUCUCUACAUGGACCCCACCACGGAUGCAGAGCAAGUGUAUUUGUCAACCCAAAACCUGGCAGCACAGCAGCAGAGCUUUGAGGGUCGGCAACGUCGACCUCCCAGUACUGGCUCUCGAGGUUCUCGCGAUUCCCGGGGAUCUGCCAGUUCGGCCUCAUCCCUACGAUCCUCGGUGGCCGGGCUGCCCGAGAUUUCCUCGAUCAGCUUUAUCUUCAACGGCUACUCCGAAGGCCUGAGCAUUGUCGAGGCGACGCUGCGCUUCGACACCUUCCGGGGAGAGAAGAGCAGUGAGCCAGCGAGGCUGCCGGAAAUGAGGCACUGGAUUCGUAGUCGGCACUGGGACCAGUUCCGCAACUGGGUGCAGAUGGAAACGCAGCGCUGUUGUGCUGGGCAUGCCGACGAGGUCAAGUCUUUUGAAGGUCCUCUAGAGUUCUACUAUCCCGGCCAGCCAGACAUGACUCUGGUGGCCGGUAGUGUCAACGUCAUGGGUAUUCAAAAUGAUUGGAGUGACAACGAAGAUGAUGAGGAGGAGGAUGAGGAGCCGGAGGAAUCGAAGCCGCGGCAUCCGAUCAAAAUCUUGAAGCGGAGCCUGACACAGGACUCGGCACAGGAGAGCCAACCGAAAGUCUGCGAGGCGCCGUCUGGUGGAUCGACUGACAGUAUGGGUGUGAAUGCCAGCUCAGCUGCCACAGAAGAGGAAGAGGAAGAGGCUUUGGAAGAGGUCCCAUUUCAGCACCCAUUGUUGGAUCAGGAGGCGGAAGCUGAGGUGGACGCACUCUUGGUGGAAGUGGAAUGCAAGGCCUUCUCACAGUACAGACGCCUGAAUUCCAAGCCCCGGAAAUCCAAGCGCUACGGACAUCUCUGCCGCAACCGGCCUCUAGAGCCCAGCCUCCUGGCCGUAAAAAGCCAUGGGUUUUUUGCAUCCCAUGGAUUUCUUCCGGAAAUCCAUGGGUUUCUUGGAUUUCCUAUGGGUUUUUAA